UAGAGUUUUUAAAGUAUUAAUCUACUGUUUAUAUAUCUUCUAUUUCAAUAUCAACUAGGUCGUCGAAUGACAGUUUUGUUCUCUGCAACACAAACAAAGAAUGUUGAAGAUUUAGCUAGAAUAUCCCUUAAGAAAGCUCCGUUGUAUGUGGGGGUUGACGAUCACAAAGAAACAGCCACGGUAGAGGGCUUAGAACAGGUUUGUAAAACGUAUACUGUUUGGCUCCUACGGUUAGGAAACGCAGUGAACUUAAAGUGCAUAUGACAUGAAAUUUCUUAUUUUCUUAAAUGAAAGAACUCUUUAAGCUGUAGUGUAACUUAUUUUUCAGUUUCUUGUUUUCAUGGAUUGUUCCCGAGAUAUUUCAAUUUGUUUGAUAUGUAAAUGCGUGUGAAUAUGUCCGCUAAUUUAUCUGUUUAAGAAAUAGAAAACAUACGAAUCUUCUCAUUUCAUGGGAAUAUCCUGAGUCUGCAAUCACGGCUUCAAUUUUUGAAUUGCAGAAUAAUUAGAUGCACUAUCUAGUGUAUAUAAGAUAUCUAUGGUUUUGCGAAAUUGAGAGCAAUUUCAAAUCUGUUCAGUUUUUUUUUAUACACCCUGUACACAUGAACUUGUGGUUAGAGCUCGACAACCGGCCCUGGCUUGUUCGAGCGCUGCACCGGAAUCGCAGGCCCCCAUAUUCAAUCCCUGCCAGGCACCUAAACAUGUAUUUUUCGCUUCUGCUCCUGGUUAGGUCUAAUAAAUGUAUAUAAAUUUCCACUCGGCAAAUUCCAUCAAAUAUUGUCCAGAGUAGGUGGUAUUCUACUAUAAUCUGUCUUGGUUUGUGUCUGCACUAGCUGAAAUGAAGAUUAAGAACGCACACUUCGAUGUUAGAAUUCUGCUAAUGGCCAGAACGUCGAAUUUUCCCGGUAGUUCAUUCACAAGCCACGGUAGUUUAUUAUGGAAUACUACUUGCAUUGGAUAUUUAUCAUUUAUAGACCGGGAGCGAGGGGGUUCGGCGGAAUAUUACCCUCAGUGAUGAUAUUUCCCGAGGGGCUUUGUCCCGAAGGAAAUAUCAUCACUGAGGGUAAUAUUUCGACGAAUCCCCCGAGCGGAGCUGGUUCUAUAAAUGAUAUAUUAUACCGAAAGUUAAACAACCCACAACGUUCACAACAAACUUUAAAACUUGAAGCGGAUACAAUUUUUAAUUUCAUAUACAUACCUGAGUUUUUGCCGUUUUCUCUUUAAAAUAUUUGAGCAUGCAUGUAUCCUUUGGAUCAGUGAAGGUAACAUACGUCUUUAACAUCUUUGGUUAACUUAAAUCAAUAAAUCUUCUGUACGAAAUUUAAUACAAACAACAGCUCGCGAACGCCAUAUUGUUUCAGAGCGUGGUGGUCACGCGUGAGAUACUGUAAUAUCCCACAGUGAAAUCUACCGUGGGAUAUUAUAGUAUCUCACGCUUCAUUGCGAAAUCAUGAAUUUGAGUGAAAUACCGUAAAAAAUCACAUUAUCACGUGGUACAAAUUGGGUUUUUUAUUGGACAAUUUGAAUUUGAGGUAUUAUAUUUUCGGGUAGUUCAUAGACAUAAGCAUGGCAAAUGUUGUAGGACGCUACUUACACUGGACGUACACGCUAAACACUCGUCGACACAAUAUUUCUCACAUAUUUUAAUUUCAGGGUUAUUUAGUUGUGCCGUCAGACAAACGUUUCUUGGUGUUGUUUACAUUCUUGAAGAAGAACCGUGAUAAGAAAGUGAUGGUGUUCUUUUCAUCUUGUCAUUCUGUGAAAUAUCAUUCUGAACUUCUGAACUACAUUGAUCUGGAUGUACUUGAUAUACAUGUGAGUAUGGAAAUUCAAGGGUAUUCAAUAAGAUAUACUGAAAAUUUUCAAAAAAACAUUGCUUGCGCUUGUAAUAUAACGACAUAUCUUGCAAAACCCUGCUGAAGAUGAAUCAGAUUUGAUUCGAAAUAUACAGUUAUUAUAAAUUGUGUGUUAUGCAUAAAUUAUGCACUUCUUAUUCGGAAUAACUUUUAUUCUACCAUGUCUGAUAUACCCUUUUCAGGCAGUUUAGACACAAAACAUGAUAAUUUCGUAGAAAUGGAUCACCACAUUUGAAAUAUAUGUUUCAGGAAGUCCAGAAUCAAACUAGGGCAGCUCAUUGUAGAAUAUUACCAACACUAAAUCUUCACGUUUAAUUGAGAUAUCAUUUUCCGGUAGUGGAGACAUAAAUUCUUUCCCGGCUGAUAUUUUCAGCAAAUAUAGUUCAGUGUAGGUAGGUAUUAAUAUUCUACAAUAGCUGCUGUCGUUCCUGUCUGAACUGCCCGAAAAAGAGAUCUCAAUCGUGUUCGUAAAGUAUAAGCAGUUUUAUUCUACAAUAAGCUGUCGUUGUUUGUGUCUCAACUAUCUGAAAUUGAUAUCUCAAACGUGGUGUGGUCCAGUGUAGGUUGUGUUCUACAAUAAGCUGUCAUGUUUUGUGUGUGAACUCCCUGAAAAAGAUAGCUCCAGUCUAGCUAUAUUAUUAUAUUCAAUUAUCUGCCGUGAUUUCUUUUUGAACUAUUUGAAAAAUAUAUCAGUCUUGAAAUAAACAACAGCAGCUAUUUAUUACAUUGUUCUAUCAACAGUGCACUCCCUGGGUUUAACAUGUUAACCUUUGUAUAUAUGCAUCCAAUUAUGAAAUUUGUUGUUAGAAGUCUUAUAAUGAAAAUUUCUACGUCAACCUAAUUUUCCAAUGAGGAUGCUUAGACAAUGAUUGAUAAUUAGCCAUUUCCCAAUUGAGCAGAGGGCUGGGUCUGGCCGCUUGUAUGGAGGGACAAAAAAUAAAUAAUAUGCCCAAUAUGGCAUCUAUGAAGUUUUCCUACAUUCCUAAAGUUCUUUGUGUAGCCUGAGACGCAACAAUUAUAAUAAGGCACCUUUUAAUAUAUAUUUAGCUCGCUCACUAUAACUUCUUGUCCCUCCAAACAUCCCUCCAAACAUCAACGAGUCCCAGUCCUCUGCUCGAUUGGGAAAUGGCUAAUUGAUGAAGUUCUCCUCUGCUCGAUUGGGAAAUGGCCAAUUGAUGAAGUUCAUCGAACCUUGAAUUAAACAUAACUCUGUGGGUUACUCAUUGCUAUAAAAUUUUGGUUAUGUAGGGAAAACAAAAGCAACAGAAGCGUACAACGACUUUCUUUCAAUUCUGUCAAGCAAAAUCUGGUAUCUUACUAUGCACUGACGUUGCAGCUCGAGGUCUUGAUAUCCCUGAAGUUGAUUGGAUUGUACAGUUCGAUCCUCCUGAUGACCCUAAGGUACUGUGGUUAACAAUAGUGAAUUAUACACGUUGAUCCAUAUAUCAUCUUAAGGAAGUGUGAAUAAUAAUAGUGAUUUGUACACAUUGAUUCUCGUCAUCCAGAGGGCGCAUGGGUGGUGGUAGGUACGGUUAGCGAAAUUGUGGUACCCGAUGAAUAUAAAUAUUCGCUGUGGAUUAAGGAUGACAUCAUGAUUAUUCACUGACGACACCAAAAUUACGGGUAGUAUUGUCGAUUAGAGCGAGAGUUUGUAUGAGAGCGCUUUUGGAUGUAUUUUUGAAUGUAAAAAACAAAAACAAAACUCCAGUACAGGUAUUUUGUCUUGCAGUACUGGUAUACAACCGUUUCGGGCGUAAGCCCGUCGGAGCGCCGUUCCAGGCGUAAUAAGCCCGAGGCGAGGGUACUAAUUCCGCUCGGCUAUUUACACCUGGGAAAAAGAAAGCAUUAGCGAACAACUGGGUGGACUUUCGUCUACGCAUGCGCGAGAAACGUAAGCGUGGAGUGCACGUGAACGCGGGUUAAUCGCGUGACUGAAUUCUAAAAACAAACACCAAAUUUGCCAAAACUACUCGUUUUCUUGUUUCUUUAGUGUUUCUACGCUCGCAAUUUUAGGCAUUUCCAACUUAGAAGAGUUUGCUUUGGAAUAAGAACGUGAAAGUAGAAAUAAAAACUUUGUGCUGCAGUUUAAUUUCGCCGUACAAAUAUACCUGUUUUAUAUGUACAUCUUUUUCGAAGUGAGAUAUACAAGUGCAACUUGACCUUCUUUAAAUUCGUACUUGCCCUAUUUUUAACUCCAUAAAAAACUACUUUUAUCCAUGGAGAAACUAUUUGACUUUAAAAAUAAGCUUGAAUUAUGGUGGUGAUAUAGGCUAAUUUCUUUGCAAAUAGUGAUUCAGUACUCGGUAGUGUACUUGUUGUAUAUGAACAAAAGUCUAAAAUGAAUUCAACAUCCAUCAACAAAAAGGAGUCGCGCUUAUUACUACUCUUUAGAAGAUACACAGUUAAUUUAAUUCACUAUAGAAACCCGUUCUACAAUAUAAACUAGAAAUCGGCCAACAAAUUGUCACGAAAUACUACAAUGAAAAUAGGAUCUCUGAACUACCAAUUUCACCGAACGGUCAAGUUUCUCUGCAAAGAUCGCCCCUUUAAAUUUGCCCAAUUUUCAUCGAGUAGAUCAUCGUGUUAUUAAGUCAAGGAUUAUGUAUACUUUAACAUAAAAGAGCAAAAUACGAUUUAAAAUACGAUAAUAAAAGAGCAUAAUAGAUUUUGAAUAAAAUACGAAUAUCUGUAUACGAGAUCUGAGCGUUAUUAUGAACUAGCCAAAUUAGAUUAAUUUAGUACAUACAUAAUAAUUUACAAACUAUUCACAUUUUAAUUUACAAACUAUUUACAAUUUCAUUUACAAACUAUUUACAACUAGUUGCUAACAAUUUACAACUAGUUGCUAAUAAUUUACAAACUAUUUACAAUUUCGUUUACAAUUUAUUUACAAAUAGUUACUAAUAAUUUACAAACUAUUUACAAUUUACUUUACAAACUGUUUACAACUACUUGCUAACAAUUUACAAACUAUUACAAUUUCGUUUACAAACUAUUUACAAAUAGUUACUAAUAAUUUACAAACUAUUUACAAUUUAAUUUACAAACUAUUUACAAAUAUAGUUACUAAUAAUUUACAAACUAUUUACAAUUUAAUUUACAAACUAUUUACAACUAUAAUAGUUUUGUUUGUGGAAACACCACGUAAAUUUAUUACUGUAAUAAAUUUACGUGGUGUUUCCACAAACAAAACUAUUAUAUUUUAUCACCAUGCAAACAUACAAAGAACUUAUUUGCAACUAGUUGCUAAUCAUUUACAAACUAUUUACGAUUUAAUUUACAAACUAUUUACAAUUUGUCACUAAUAGUUUACAAACUAUUUACAAUUUAAGUUACAAACUAUUUACAAAUACUUACUAAUAAUUUACAUAAUAUUUACAAUUUAAUUUACAAACUAUUUGCAAACACUUGCUGAUAAUUUACAAACUGCAGUUUACAAAUGGUUGCAGUGAUUUACAAACUAUUCGGAAAUAAUUCCAAUGUUUUACAAAUAAUUUACAAACAAUGUUUUAAAUUUACAUAGUUUGUCAAUGUACAUUUAGUGUGUAAAUGAGAUUUACAGUCUAUUUACAGACAAGUUGAAUGCUAUUUAAUGGUAUGGAAGGAAGUUAAUUUGACGUAUUGCGAGCGAUUUGUCAGCAAUACAAUUUCGCUUGAUUUUCAAAGAGCAUAAAUCACUAGAAUACUGUUGUUCAGUAAUACAUUUGACAUCCGUAUAUACAAUUUCUUACGCUGAAUCGAACGAUGGUAUUUUUUAUCCUUAUUGCGCCAUUAGGCAUUACAAAUACAAUAUCAUAUUUCUCACCACAGUUUUCACGUUUCCACAGCUAACUAUUAGGGACUGUUGUUGCAUAAAUUUUAUAUUGAUAUGACAUCAAUAUGCUUCUCAUAAAGUAGUUAUCUAUUAAAACUACAUUGUGUAGAUUAAGUUAACCUUUUACCUUUAAAUUGUCUUUGGCUCGCUUACAUUCAGAUUCAGUAUAUUAUGAUCGUGCACGGGAAUUCAAACAUCCAAAUUUCGGAUUUUCAGAGUCGUGCACCAAGAAAAAUGCAUUAACUAAACUAGCAAGAAUGUCCAGAGUUAGAAACAAUGCAAAAUCCAUAGAAAACGUGUACAAUUCGUUGAAAAUUUUAACGAAAUUGUUUGAAACAAUCCACACCACGAAAGGCCGCUAUUUUGAAAAGGAUAAAUUGGGUUUUAUUAGGCAGCUCAUUAAUAUUCUAUUUUGUGGCUAUCGACGACGAUUGGAGAUUGCCCAUCUACCACAAAUGUGUGCCGAAACCUAUACUCGCCCGGGCACAGGUGCCCCAGCGAGUAUUAACAAGUCAACUGUAAUGCAUUGUAUAGUACACCAACCUUAAAUUAUGCGCUUGUUUUCACGUUGAUGAUUUAACGCCAUCUGACUUGGAAAGAAGAGCCUCGCUAUUGGGAAUAUUAUCACAAUUCCUUCGCUCUCACAGAGCCUAUAUUUCACAGACGGAUUAUUUAUAAAGCUAAAAGACAGCACGUCCCAUGCAAUUUAAUAUAAGGUAAACUUGGUAUAGUAAAACACAAGUCAUAAUGAUGAUCGCAACAAUACAGCAAUAACAUGCUAUUUUAACGAACUAUUGCAGCUCUAGUCUUUCGAAUGCUUUUUUUUACUCAGAGCAGGCUUUUAGCCAGAACCAGGACGCCCCUAAAACAAAAAAUGGACGCCUUUGGACGCCCAAAUUCCGGGGGGAAAAGGGAAAUUAUUUUCAAUGAUUUUCCUAAGUAUAUUAAUAUAUAUAGAAUGAAAUAGGUUCAAUUCUCAUUAUUAUUAUACAUUUGACAUUUUGAUAAAUUUGAUGGUGUACCUGGCUGAAUGAAAAUGUCGUAACUAAGUAAAGUAGCAUUAUAGCGGCACAAACUCACAAAGCCAAGUGUUUUGAAAAAUUUUCGAAUUAGCUUCGAACAGAUACUGACAUAAAGUAACUUAAAAUUCAAAGGUUUUCCAGAGGAACGUUAAUUUUUUCGACCCCACUUCUCCUCCCCGCUCUUUACUGUAGAUGUAUCGUUGUACCAAAAUUGGGCGUCCUCUUCAGGACCCUGGCUAAAAGCCUGACUCAGAGAGAUGUUCACUCCACAACAGUCAAAGAAUCAUUGAAGCCACGCGUGGAAUUAGGCACUCGAACCCAUGAUGCUUUGCGGCCUGCUUGUCCAACCUCUUCUGUGACGAGUAAUAAGUUUAAGAUUUACAGGCAAAAACGUUUAAUUUUACGAAGCAUGCAUUUCGUGUUGAAUUUUACAUUAAAAUAAGGCCCAUAGAUUAUAAAAUAACAUAUACUUCUUUAAAUAUUUUAGAAAUCGGUAGUUCUAUUGUUAAAAGUGUAAAAAUUUAAUUUAUUUUAGCAGUUUUGUACAAAAAGUGAUUAAUUAAGAAUAAUUCAUGUUGAAACAAUGUUUGGAAAUGUGAGGGGUUGUUGCAUGCGUGUAUUUCUAAGUUUAAGAAUAACUUGGUCUUGGCCAAUAAUGUUAGCCAUGCUGUUUGCUCUUCAAUUUUGUAAUGUAGUUUUACACAUGUUCGUUCCUAUGAAUCACGUUUUAAUUUAGAAGAUGAAGAUCUGAUUUUAAAAUUAUUGCAAAGGAAAUAUGUUUUUGGAGAGGAGGGCGGACAUGGCGUGUCACUUUUGGAAGGCUAAAUUGCUAUUCCUAUCCUCAAUAGCUUCAGUUUCAUAUACAGCACAACGUUCGGUAUUUUAAUACUUAAAAGUACGUAUUUAUGCUCAAAACUCAGAACAACUAAAAUGCACUGGCUUCAAUUUCUUCCCGGAGUUAUAGUUCCAGUUUACGUUUACUGAUAUUACCACGCGCGUGGAGAAAACUUUCAUGCAUGAAAAUUUGAUGAGAGUUGGCAGUCUAACACCAGCCACAGUUGCAACUCUCAUCAAACUCUAAUCCUAGUUUGAGUUAAGUCCGAUGCUGUUCACCGUAGGUUGGUGUGUGCCCGAAAGUUCAUGUAAAUAGGGUUUGUCUCCGCGUCCCGGGUAUUCUUUCCUCGCCAAAAACUAAAGCCCCUGUCAAACGAGGAUGGCAUUGAUGAUAGUAAUGGACCAUUUACAUUAUAGACUAAAUUUUGAUCUAGACAAAAAUUUCAUCACAGCUUGAAAGAGCAUCACAAAAUUAGUAAUAUUCCAAAGUUUCGUUGCGAAAUGUUGUAAAAUGCGGAUAAUAUAGCCUUGCGAACUUUGCAAUUUUCAGUCAUUUUGUAUUACAAAAGGGAAAUUGAUGCCCCAACACCCGAUUGGGCUGUCAAUUUCCCAUGCGUAAUACAAAAUGACUGAAAAACGGCAAACUUCGCAUGGCUAUAUUAUCCGCAUUUUACAACAUUUCGCAACGAAACUUUGGAAUAUUACUAAUUUUGUGAUGCUUUUUCAAGCUGUGAUGAAAUCUUUGUCUAGAUCAAAAUUUAGUCUAUAAUGCAAAUGGUCCAUUGGCAGUCACAAAUUGUUACAAGGGACAUUCCAGUUUAUAUUAUUUAAAUAGAAUACAUGAUAGUCUUGGAAAAGCAUUAAGAACAGCUAACCUAGAUCGCGUGACUGCCAACUCUCAUGCACUCUCACCCUCUUGGGCAACAACACCUUUUGUAGUCCGCAUUGAGUAAAUACUAAUUGUUAAUUAUUGUUACUGUCAGGAAUACAUUCACAGAGUCGGGCGUACAGCACGUGGUGCACAUGGGAAAGGUCACGCUUUGUUGUUUCUGCUUCCUGAAGAACUUGCUUUCUUACGCUAUCUCAAACACGCUAAGGUAAGGUGGAUUGUAGUAUAGACCACCAUAUACAUGUAAUUCUCCUAUAAUGCUAUACUAACCCCGAACAUUAUUUUUUAUGUAUAUAUCAGGAUUUAGGGCAUCUCACACGAUAGAACUAGUUGUAGAAUGGUGUUAUAGAUGCAAGGCCGGCGAGGGGGGGGGGGGACAGAGGGGACAAAAUACCCUGGGCCCGGAGUGCUCAGAGGGGCCCGGAAAUCGUCGUGAUCGAUCGUAAAACGUACCAAAUGUGAAAUAAACGAUUUUUCGAUCGUUUUCUCAGCAAAAACAGUUAGCUGAACAUCGUUCACAUUGCGUUUUUAUCAGUUAUGAGGCGAUUUCUUGCAAGUAAUUCGGAAAUUCUCUCGUUGAUUGCGAUUAAAAUUAGGCUUUGGCGUGGCCAUGAGCCAGCGGGAGAGUCGAAAGGGACAGGGGGCCCGUGUUCACCAAUUGUCAUUGUGCCCCGGGGCCCGUGGUUGGCUCUCGCCGGCCUUGUAUAGAUGGAAUUUCGAGUGGAAUUUUUAUACAUUUAAGAGAAAAAUGCUAUAAAAAGCACAGGCCCUCAGGCAGGAAUCGAACUUUCAGCCCUCAGAUUCCGGUGCAGUGCUCUAACCAACUGAGCUACAGUACAGUUAUUGAACUCUAUACAAGUUCAUGUAUAUAUACCAAGGUGAUGCCAGUGUAAGGGGUAAAUAGAUCAUGAUCUUUGGGCACUCGAUUGAACUAAAUGUUGAAUGAUUUAGUAGAUGGAAAUCUCGAGUGUAAAUUUUAUGCAUUUUUGGACCUAACCUGCUGCUCCUGUGUGUAGUGAUUUCAUCACUAGGUUCCAUACCCCUCACGGACAAGAAUGUUUUGCCAGUUGAAGAUAGUUCACAUUAAAUAGUUCAUAUUAAAUAUAGUCUGAAUUAAAGAUACAAAAUACAACAUUGGCGACGAGGAUGGCUACUUCACUUGUUAAUUAUAUGCCUCCAUUCGAUCCUGAUGUGGAAAUAGGCAUUAAUUUAGCACCGAAAUGGAAAAUUUGGCUCGAAGAUUUUCAGAUGUACCUCGUGGCGAGCGGCGAUACUGAUAAAAAGAAAAAGAGAGCAUUGUUUUUAUAUCAAACAGGGCCGCGUGUACGCGAGAUCUUUCUUCAACUCCCCGACAACGAUGAUGAUUUUGAUAAAGCAGUAGAAAAAUUAAAUGCAUACUUCAAGCCUCAGAAACAUCGCUGUAGAAACAUCAAUUUCGACAAGCCAAACAGGGCAACACGGAAACACUUGACCAAUACUACACUCGAUUGCGGAGUUUAUCCCAACAUUGUGAUUUUGCAGACGCUGAUUUUGAAAUCAUGCUUCAAAUUGUGCUUUAUGGAACUUCAAGUCGGUUGAGAAAACAGGCAUUGUGUAGGCAGGUCGCCAGUUAGAGCGUAGUAUAUCCAAGCACGACAUAUCGAAGAGAAAGCAAGUCGAGUCGAGUCUGAUAACCGGUGGUACAGUCUAUUCAUGACAGUCGUCGUCCACGUACAAUGAACAGUUGUAGAAACUGUGGUGGCGAAUGGCCUCACACAAAUAGCCCUUGUCCUGCGAAAAAUAAGGAAUGUUGGAAAUACAACAAACUAAACCACUUUCUCCUCUAACAGGCAGUAAAAGCAGCAAUCCGGCCAUGUCUAGUAUCCUUUCCCAUCUUGACAGCACUGGCCACACUGCCUCUCUUGUGAUUUUAAGAUUAUUUCUAGUUGCCCUUCUCCAGACGAACUCCUCAUUUGAGAGAGUCUUCUCAUUAACAAACUCAAACCCUCUCUCAACUUACAAGGCAGUUCGGUCCCUCUACUUCUACUCUGAUCCACUCCUUUUUCUACUUUUGUGAUGUAAUUCUUGUAAAUAGUUGUAAUUUAUUCAUAUUUCUAUGUUUUCCGCUUUGUAUGUCAUUGAUCUGAAGAUGUCUUAAGUUAAAGACGAAACGUUAGCUUUCUAAUAAAUAUUGUAAACCACUUUCUUAGUAGCUAUAUCCGUAGAAUAGUUUUAUAUUUAGUAUCAGUUUACCUGUCGAAGACUGCAGACUGGCAGUCGAAGGCUCGUGUUUAAAUACAUUUUACGAUCAGAGAACGUUUCAGAAACUUUAUUAUGAAUCCUGGUCGCGCAUCUAGCACUUUUAAUAUUCUUUGGAUAUUUUUCAAAAAAUGGGUUAUUGCCUAGUCCCGCUAAGAAUGUGCAAGCAAGGACACACCAGUGAAAGACACACCAGUCCCUACAAAUGUUCCCUGGCAUGAUACAAUAUUGUGGACGGUUUAUCCCAAAUUUAACCACUCUUGCCGCUCCCCUUCGGAAAUUGACCCACAAAGGCAUGAGGUGGGCAUGGACCCAAAAUGAACAAACUUCUUUUGAGACUUUAAAACAUUCACUGACUACAGAUACUGCGAAUGGGAUACCUCGAAACAAACUGAAGUUCAUGUUGAUGCAUCCCCUGUUGGACUUGGAGCAAUACUUUCACUACCAACACCAGGAAAAGACGAUACACAAAUUAUCGCUUAUGCAAGUACAGCGGAAUUGGCAAAGCUGAUCGUGAGGCUAAGCAAAAGAGAAAUUCCUAUGCAAAUAAACGCCGUAUUACCAAGGAAUCUCAUUUCAAAGUUGGUGACCAAGUUUUAGUUUGACAAACAAAAGUCAAUAAACAAUAUCCAACAUUUGAUCCAUAACCAUACCAGAGAUAAAAGGCACCAUGAUCACUGCCAGCCGAACUGAUCAUAUGAUAACAAGGAACUGUUCAAAUUUUAAACGUUUCUUGGAAAAUUUGAUUACAGAUAUGCACAGUGAUAACGAGGCUGACGAGGAAGAGAGAGAGCUUGUACCAGAUGGAAACAACCUUGGUGCAAUUCUAUAAUGCUAUCAUGCAUGUUUUUACCUAAUUUGCAUAUUGUUAUUGUAAAAAAAAAGCAAAAUAACAAUAUGCAAAUUAGCUAAAGGCAUGAAUUAAGCAUGCGUGAUAGGCAUUGGUGCCAAAAAAUGAAAGUUUUAGCAGCUAUUUAAGGACUUAAAAUUGACUAAAUUUUCUGAUAUUUGCACCAAUGAUGAAACACAAUAACAAAUUUCUCGCCCAUGAACUCAAAAUGUGUUUUAAACGUUUAAAUUUCGCCGUGCAAGCUAUUUUUAAUUCUGCUAAAAAAACACCCCUGCUCUGGAAAAUUUAUCUUCACCAAAAGUACCCAAACAUCCCUAUAUUCAUAAACAAAUCAUGAAAUUAACGGAUUUGUGAAAUUGAGAGCCGUUUCAAAAUUGUCUACUUUUUAAAGGUCCUACCUACAGCACAGGUAACAUUCUUUUUAUUGGUAGAAUUUCCCCCCGAAUUUCUUCUUUUAUCUAAAUUUUUACACUAAACUUUUCUUUCUUUCUUUCUUGGGGAAACAUAUUCUGGGAACUAAUGGUCCCGUGGUCCGAUGCUUCAUGCACCUCUGAUUAAAUAAUUAAUGUGUUGCUAUCUCUACUUUCAGGUUCCCCUCAAUGAGUACGAUGUCUCAUCUUCGAAGAUUGCGAAUAUUCAGUCACAGGUAAAAUUUACGUACUAUCAUUUCUAAACUGGUCUCCCUUGUUGGCCAACAACACCAAACAAUGCUCAAAUAAUGCUUUAUACUAUUUCUUUCACAAAUAUUUUAAAGCAAAUGUUUUCAAUUUCAUAAAUCUUGUCAAAUUAUUAAAAAGAUUUGAAAAAUUAGUAGCAGUACUCAACUAACUUAACUAUUUUAUCACUUUGCCUCCCCCUACAAUGUUGGUUUUGACAUGCAUUUCACCUAACCAAUUUAUAAGCUUUCAACAUUGAAUUUGGGGGGGGGGGAGAAAAGUUAAAAAUUGCUGGUUUUGCCACAAUCGUUUUUGUCAGGGUUGUAGUUUCAGGUCUCGCUCUUUUGUCUGCGUCAUAGUAAGGAUUAAGGUCAGUAUUGAUUAACAGCGAGAUAUGAAUCUAUAACGGGAAGACACUUUGGGCAACCACCUGGUCCCCAAACUCAGUAUGCGCAGGAUGAUGUGCAGAAAGGCAAAAAUUGUCAAGUACGUCGUACUUCGUUGUCUUGUUCGAACUAGAAGGUAGAAAAAGGUAGAAAAUACGCAGCGUUUCGGCAAGACAAGGUUCCAAACUGUCAAACUUUGAUCUAUUUCAGCUUGAGAAAUUGAUCACGAAGAACUAUUACUUACACAAAUCAGCUAAGGAGGGCUACAGAUCAUACCUUCAGGCUUACACCUCACAUCAACACAGAGAUAUAUUCAGUGUGAAUACGUUAGAUCUACAGAAGGUUUCCAAAGCGUUCGGAUUUCAAGUUCCACCUGCGGUUAACUUGGGUAUCCUUUUGAAUAGAAAUGCUAUAGCUACCGCAUGUCCAUACAUGUUGGAAGCAUGUGGAGUGCAUGCGGUCAACGUGCUGCGGUGCUGCCCCUUACGUACCGUUGAGUUGUUACAAGUCUGCAAACAAGUGGUUACAAAUCUGUUCACAAGCUGUUAACAAGCUUGAUCAGAUUUGUUACAAGGUUGUUCUGACAAGUCUGAUACAGUCAUAACAAGAAUGGAAUGUUAUAAGGUUGACGACACAAGGUAGAAAAAUACCUUGUAAAUUUAACAUCCAAAGUUUUGCAACACUUUCAUAGUAUGAAAUUUUCCAGAAAAACUGUAGAAAUUUUUUAGAAAGGUCAAGGAACUAAGAUUACCUGCAACAAAAGGUGGUCAUAUGGGUGGCAACCUAAAUCCCUCCAAAUAUUUUGCAAAUUGCCUGCCGUUGAUAUUCAUCCCCUAAAGCCUAUAUGGUUGUAACUGUAGUCUGUCGCGAACGUGUUGCCAACCUGUCGUGAAGUGUUUGUCGUAAUACUUUGUCCUUAUAAUAGGGGGAUUAUAUUUAUAGACCUGGAGCGAGGGGGAUUCGGCGGAAUAUAUUACCCAAAGUGAUGAUGAGGGUCUAUAAAUGAUAUAUUACACCGAAAGUUAAAGAACCCACCAAGUUCAGAAUAAACUCUAAAACUUGAGCUCAAUACAAUUUUUAAUUUCUUAUGUAUACCUGUGUUUUUGACGUUUUCUCUUUAAAAUAUUUGAGCAUGUAUUCUUUGGAUCAUUGAAGGUAACAUACGUCUUGAAAAUCUUUGGUUAACUUAAAUCAGUAUAUAAAUCUUAUGUACGAAAUUACAAACAACAGCUCGCGAACGUCAUAUUGUUUCAGAGCGUGGUGUCCACGCGUCACGCGUGAGAUACUAUAAUAUCCCACGGUGGGAUAUUAUAGUAUCUCACGCUGCAUUGCAAAAUCAUGAAUUUGAGUGAAAUCCCGUAAAAAAUCGCAUUGUCACGUGGCACAAAUUAUGUUUUUUUAUUGGACAAUUUGAAUUUGAGGUAUAAUAUUUAAUAUUAUUUAAGUGGAACAAAUUCAUUUCCUGCUGCGAUUUGCUUGCUAUUGCUGGAUUUGAAUGUUGUAUUGUCAUGUGUAUGAUUCAAAUAAAGUUGUAUUGUAUUGUAUUGUAUUGUAUUGUAUUGUAUUGUAUUGUAUUGUAUUGUAUUGUAUUGUAUUGUAUUGUAUUGUAUUGUAUUGUGAAUUAUUUCGUACCCAGGGAUCGUACAAGCAGCUCCCCGAUUGUUGCAAACUGUUGCUAUGCUGUCGUUUUUCUGUUUCCAUUAAAACAUAACCGUCACGACAAGUUUUAGCCUGUCGCAACCGUCGUCGAGAUAGAACUCGAGUUUAUCUCCACGACACUGUUGUAACUGUCGUGAACUGUUGCCAGCGUGUCGCGACAAGGCUUUUCUUCAUAUUUCCAGUUGGUCGCGAACACAACUCUGACGACAGUUACAACACGUUCGCGACAGUUACGACCAUAUGGAAACUAGGCUUAAUAGGAGGAGGAUAUUUGAUUUUUUUAAAGGAUUAGUGUCACACCAGGAAUUCGCGGGCUCAAACUCCUGCUGGCGGCCAUUUUUCGGGACGAAUAGAUUAGAUGAUCUGGAAAGUUUUUACAAUCCGUCAUAUAUUUAAACCAUCCUUUUAUAAUCCUUGCUCUUUUUGUCUGAUUUUUAUCAGAAAUGUACCAAACAUCGAAUCUAGAACUUUCUACUGACUUUAAUUAAGGGAUUUCCUCGUUUAUCCUUGCCUUGUUGUCUAAGACUAAAAGUUUAUAGUUCAGUGAUGAAACAACCAAACUGGCAAUUGGGAGACAUUCAAUUGCCGUCAGAGAGUUCAGAAUUUACUGAAUACUGAAGCCCGAGGAACAUUUUUACUUAUAUUUCAUACUGUUUUUAAAUCACUGUGCUGAACAAUUUUGACUGACAAAUGACCUUAACUAAAACAACCCAGCUGUUCACAGCAGUAAAGGAGAGCGCGCUCACAGGCGUGGAGGUGGCGGAGGAUUUGGUACAGGAUAUAGAAACUCCAAAUUACCGAAGAAAACCAAGAUUUUUAAACAGAAGAAAGAUCGCACAGAUAGCAGGCAGUUCAGUAGAUAACUACAGAGUACAGGCAAUUUAUUAAGCCUCUCAGGUCACCAGAUGGUGGUCAAAGUCGUGAUCAAAUUCGUCAGUGUUGACUCUUAAGGCCUAAUUCCACGACGAGCGAAAUGCGAAAAAUUUCGCGCGAAAAGGUUGAACGCAUGCGCAACAUGAUUUUGGAAUGUUUCUGCGAAAUAUUUCUCUUCGCCGGGUAGUUGUAUUCGUUUCUACUCCGUUGCGAAAUGGAAAUAGCGAAACCAAUCAGAUGCUUGUGUUUUGGAUGACAAAAUAGCGAAACCAAUCAAAUGCUUGUGUUUUGGCGAAUUUUUUCUCCAAAUGUGGAAAUCGCUACGAGAGAAAAUUUUCGCACAAGUGUGUUUUCGCUCGAAAUUUUUCGCAUUUCGCUCGUCGUGGAUUUAGACCUUUACAGAAGAAAGCAAAUUUUACAAUUCCUAACUAUUUAUAAUGAAAAUAAUUCACAUUUUUGUACAUGAAAAACUGCCACCUUGACCACAGAGAAGAGAUAGUACAGAGAGGAAACACGCGGCAAAUUGUGUCACGCCGAUAUAUUCAGUCCAAUUACUAUAUAAAAUUAUACUAAUUCACUAUUUUAUUAAAUUUUGACAAUGCAGAGGAAAAAACUAUAUAUUAUAGAAGUAAACAUGUUUUUUUAUGCGAGAGUUAUAUUUUGAGGAAUUUAUAUUAUUUGCUGCUUUGUUUUUUAUAUAUGAGCAUCUGAAACUCCCAGCCAGUGCUUUUCACGAUUUUAAUAAGGAGUAGAUAGGGGAAAAAACAAACUUUUGCAAAAUAAAAUGUUAUGUUAACACUUUUGAUAAAAAGAAAUCAAUAAAAGUGAUCGCUUACCGAACAAAAUUUCCAUGGGUAUCUCAUUUUUUUUAAAAAAGCGAUUUUUACCUUUCGAACGGCCUUUUCCCUAUCUUUUGCUAUGAAAUUUCAGCGACGGCACUGGCUGGAAGAUUUUGCGUGGCGCGUGGAACGCGUGACACAAAAAUUCAGGUUAUCGAGGUGUCUGUUUCCUCUCUGUAUAUCUCUUCUCUGUGCCUUGACUGACCAUCAUCGGUGGUGGCCAAUUUCGGAAUAUUUUAUUUAUUGGCAUGUGUUCAAAAUGGCCGACCACCGUAAAAAUCUCGCGUGGGUUCUUCGCACGGUCCACCUGAAAUAAUGAUUUACUAGCAUGCGUUUAAAAUAACAACAAUAAUUUUAAAUUCAGAGAUUUCCUCAAGAAUCAAGAUUUCCUUCGGGACAUACUAAAGAUUGAAAGACUUAAAAUAUAAUCUGAAAAACGAUACACUAUUCGGGAUUUCUUGGCCUCCAAAAGAAUAGUAUCCCAAAACAAAUCGCAUAGAUAUAGUUUAUUAGCUUUUCUCAGUAGUUUUAAAUACACGCCCUGUCUUCGACCCAAAAAUAUAAAGUGUCCAAAAAUAUGUAAACAAACCGGCGCCACACUAUCGUACGAUGUGACGUAUUUAUCUAUUACUUCCGGUUUCCUAUUUCCGGACACACUCCCCCCAUAUAUGUUCCUCUAUGGAGAUAUAUGUUAACCUAUAGUCCUUAUGACGUUCGAACAAAACAAGAAUGUUUCUUAAAUUUAGCAGUAUAACGUCCUUAUUCUAACUUUAGAGUUUUUGCAAG